AAGACUCUCUUCACACACACACACACUCAUAAUGGAAACUCUUUUUAUUGUAGCUGUUCUACUUUUGGCUCUCUCCUCUUCCUCUUUCACACGAGGCCAGAGAAUCAUACAGAUUCCACCGCCACGUCCAUUAUGCGUCUCUCAGUACGCUCUGGCUAACUACGCCUGCGCACGUGUCCCAGUGACCACUGUCCUACCUUCUUCCCCCACUGUCCCACCUUCUCCUGACCAUGACCAUGAUGAUGACCAUGACCAUGAUGAUGACCAUGACCACCAUCCCCAUGACGAUGAUCAUCAUGACCACCAUGACCACGACCAUGAUGAUGAUGAUGAUGACCAUGACCACGACCAUGAUGAUGACGAUGACCAUGACCAUGAUGAUGACGACCAUGACCAUGAUGAUGACGAUGACCACGACCAUGAUGAUGAUGACGACCAUGACCACGAUGAUGACGAUGACCACGACCAUGAUGACGAUGACCACCACCACCACCAUGAUGACGAUGACCACGGCCAUGAUGACGAUGACCACCACCACGAUCAUGAUGACCAUGAUCACGAUGACCACGACCACCACGAUAAUGACGACGACCACCACCACCACCACCAUCACCAUCAUCACCGACACGGAGAUGAGACGUAUGGUCAACAAGAUUGCUGCAAGUGGUUGAGGCAAAUAGACAACGAGUGCGUGUGCGACCUUCUGGUUACGCUUCCGCCAUUGCUAUCAAAACCUGCUCAUAACUAUACAGUCUUUGUGGACGACUCAUGCAUCGUCACAUUCACUUGUGGAGGCAGACUUCUACACUAACUGUCUCGUGUCUCUCUUCUCCUUGAAAAACCCUUUUGUUUAUCCUUUUUUAUAUAUAUCUUAGAUGUACUACGUUUGUUUUA